AUGCAGGCAAGAGCCAGUGUGGCCGAGCUGCCUCUGGGCAGGCCCUACACCCCUGGGUGGUGCAAGGUGAAGGGAAAGCCCUACGAACAGGCUGCCUUAGUAUUUAGAGAAAGGACUCAGUCUCCAAUGGCAUAGAGAAGACAGCGCUACACUCACCAGUACAGCACCCCCUGGGCCUCCAGUACAGCUUCUUGCAAAGAAGAAAGCCAUGGAGAAGUGAGUCCCUCCCCAACACCACCCAAUUCCCAAAGCCGGCUCCCAGGCGCGCCCGGAAAUCCAGUCCGAAUAGGCACAGUUGCCAUGGCACCAAAGAUGCUCCCCAAGCAUCCUCAUUCCCCCGAGGAAAAUGGGCCCGGGGCAGACGCCUCCCUCCACAGUAGUCUGGCAGGAGCUCCCCUUCCUGGAUUUGCCAGUACUCCUACUCGUCUCCUCUCCAAGAGGUUAAUCAAGGUUUGCUCCUCUCCCCACUCCCGCCCACCCCCGCGUUUCCAUACGGUUUGUUCACAGGCCCCUCCUAGGCCGGGGGUGAAUGCUCACUUACACUGA